CCUUGGUAGCAUAAAACUUCUCCCUGUCCUCUUUGAGGUCCCAGCCAUGAAAAUCUACUACUGCAUUGCUGUCCUUUCUGAGAUGUUCUUUGUUUCUCAAGGUAUUUUAAUUUUUAUUAUUUAUUGAAUUUAUUUACUGCCCUAUACCCAGAGGUCUCAGGGAAGUUCACAGAAUAAAAUCAAAAUAUAGAACCACAAAAUACCUAAUCAAAAUAAAAACAACAGCCCAAUAACCCCUACCCCCCCAAAAAAAACCCACCACAUUUUUAAAGGGCAUAGGAUGUCAAGGUAUGCAUACCAUGAUGUGUUGCAAUUCAGCUGUUUCAUGUAACAGUUUCCCUUGGAAGUUAUUUUGCUUUAGGGUGGCCAGGUUGAAACGCCACCUCCCCUAUUGGUCUUUUAAUAUUGCUAUUUUGGAUGUGAGAGUUCUGUCCAGUUAUCUGCAAGACAGAGUUGUUCCGCCUGGCCUUUGGCUUGGAAUCAACUUGAUCCCCAUCCCCUCUUUCCUUUUUCCUUUCUCCUUCUGUGAUGGAACUCCUAUUUGGGGACUUCCCUGGCUUUUUUCUGGCCCACAUAGGACCAGUCUGGAUAGUUGGCCUUGGUGAAGAUUUGAAGUUUUCAUCCCCCAAAAGUUUUUGAUUUGAGUUUCUACUGAAAUGAGGCUGCAUUUUAAUGUUGUAUUUUAAUCUUGUUUUUAAAUUGUAUUUUAAUCAAUUGUUUUUAUACCUGGUGUUAGCCACCCUGAGCCUGGUCUUGGCUGGGGAGGGUGGUGUAUAAAUAAAAUUUAUUACUACUACUACUACUAUUUUGCAUAGAGAGUGGGCUGUUUGUUCUUUGCAGAAUGAAAUUGGAUGUUGGUUGUCAUUGUUGUUGCUGCUGCUUUUUGUGUGUAUGUGUAUGGAAGAGGGAGAGGGGGAGGGAAAAGGGGAGAGACACCAUGCUCUUGCUUCUUGAUCUCUCGUUGGCAUUUGAUACAUACGACCAUAGAACCUUCCUAGACCAGGUCUGAGGAACGGGAAUAUGGGAGACUGUAUUAUAGUGGUUCAAGGAGAAACCUUCACUUUAUUUGGAGCCUGCUGAAAACAUUCUUGUUUGGAUAAAUCUACCUGGAUGCUUAGAAAGUUGAGGUGUUUUAGCAUUUUAACUUCUGUAUGUUUUAAAAUAUGGUUGUAAAUUCUGUCCAUAAGUGACUGUGGAGGCCUAUUCUGGAUCCACACAUUCUUCUACUGUGGCGACAUAGGUUUCCAGCUGGGAAUUGAUCACAGUGAGAGUUUGCCAAACAUGCCUUCCUCUUAGCUUGUUUCUCCUUUUGUCCUGAGUUUGUGCUUCAUUAAAGUCCACGAUGCCUUUGGUAGAAGCCAGUCUCCAAUUGAAGUGCUCACAGGCCAGUGAUUCCCAGUUGUGGGUGUUUAUAUUACUUUUUUUUUUUAGAUUUUCCCUGAGAGUGUCUUUAAACCUCUUUUGUUGUCCACCAGAAUUACACUUACCAUUCUUAAGUUGGGAAUAGAGUAGUUGCUUUGGAAGACGAUAAUCAGGCAUCUGAACCACAUGACCAAUCCAACAAAGUUGAUGUUGAAGAAACAUUGCUUCGACACUAGUGAUAUUUGCUUCUUUCAGUACACUGGUGUUAGUUUGUCUGUCAUCCCAAGUGACAUGUAAAAAAUUUCAGAGACGGAAUCUUUUGAGGAGUUGGAGAUUGUGUUUGCAGCUUAAUUCAUAUAUGGAAGUUAUUUUGUGUGUGCAAAGGUGAAUUUGUGUGUACCUCAAGUCUUCUCUUUUACAAAGGUCUUGCAUGGGAGGGGGUGUUUUUCCUAGAAAUGAAUAUAGUUGUUGUUUAGUUGUUUAGUUCCGACUCUUCAUGACCCCAUGGACCAGAGCACACCAGGCACUCCUGUCUUCCACUGCCUCCCGCAGUUUGGUCAAACUCAUGUUGGUAGCUUCGAGAACACUGUCCAACCAUCUCGUCCUCUGUUGUCCCCUUCUCCUUGUGCCCUCAAUCUUUCCCAACAUCAGGGUCUUUUCCAGGGAGUCUUCUUUUCUCAUGAGGUGGCCAAAGUAUUGGAUCCUCAGCUUCAGGAUCUGCCCUUCCAGUGAGCACUCAGGGCUGAUUUCCUUCAGAAUGGAUAGGUUUGAUCUUCUUGUAGUCCAUGGGACUCUCAAGAAUCUCCUCCAGCACCAUAAUUCAAAAACAUUGAUUCUUCGCUGAUCAGCUUUCUUUAUGGUCCAGCUCUCACUUCCAAAGAUAUUAAAAAGGUGCACCCAUGAAUGAGUGGCUUACAAUGCCUUUUCUCUUUCUGUUUGCAGGUCAAACCGGUUUUAUAGAAACUCGUGAAGCGUGCGAAGCCGCUGAAGGUUGGUGCCAGGAAGGCCCAUGCAGUAUCGGACCCAUGGAAAUUGGAAAGUGUGACACAUGGAUCUUCUGCUGUUCAGGGUAAAGUUUCCCAGUUUGUUUGUUUGUUUUUUAAAUCCGCUCUGUCCCAAUUAAACAUGUGUUUGCAUUUUCGAAUUUUCAAAUUUACAUAUACAGUACACUGGAACAUCACAGGCCCCAGUAGUUUUGCUUCUGGAAUACAGUGGUACUUCUGGAUGUGAACGGGAUCUGUUCCGGAGCCCCGUUUGCAUCCUGAAUAGAAUGUAAGAUGCGACUGCAUGUUUGCGCAUGUGCCGGUCACAUUUUGCCGCUUCUGUGCAUGAGCGUGAUGUAAUUUUGAGUGUCUGCGCAUGCGCGAGUGGCAAAAGACGGAAGUAACACACUCCUUUACUUCCGGGUUGCCGCGGAGCGUAACUUGAAAACGCUCAACCUGAAGCACAUUCAACCCGAGGUAUGACUGUACACAGUUUGUUUUCUUCAUAAGGAGCUGGUACCUGUUCGUUGGUGAAAACUAGAGAAUGGCUCUGAAACCUGAGUACAGUGGUACCUCGGGUUAAGAACUUAAUUCAUUCUGGAGGUCCGUUCUUAACCUGAACUGUUCUUAACCUGAGGUACCACUUUAGCUAAUGGGGCCUCCCGCUGCCACUGCCGUGCGAUUUCUGUUCUCAUCCUGAAGCAAAGUUCUUAACCCCAGGUACUAUUUCUGGGUUAGCAGAGUCUGUAACCUGAAGCGUCUGUAACCUGAAGCAUCUGUGACCCGAGAUACCACUGUACAACAAUGUGAAGCAGAAGAGUAACUUUUUUGGGGGAGUGCUUUGUCAUACACAGACACUGAAAAAUGGCGAUUUGAAAAUGCAAAUACAUGUUUAAUUGGGGCAGAGUGCUGACAGAAAAUCUGAAGGGGGAUUUUGCUUAGUUGGGGUUCAAUUCGGCAGCAGAGGAGGCUCUCAGGUAAUGCAACCGGUGUGGUCACGCUGGGCACAGAGGUCAUGGAGUGCCACAGCAUACACUACCACUAAUGCAUCCAAUAGAAGGUGAGAGUUGUGGGGGGUUCCCAGUUUUUGGCAUCACACAGAGUGCCACUGAAAUUUGAUAUGUCAAGGUCUUUUACUGCCUGCAGGUAAGAAUGAGUUUUCUCAAGGCUCAGCUCUGGAACAAUGAGGAAAUCCCCCAGACCCAUGAAAAUUAAUCAGUGCACAUUACAGCCAAAAGAUGGUUCAAGGAAAAGUUUGAGAGGCAUCCAUACUGCCUUCCCAGUCUCUUCUUCACUUCCUGGGUUAUUGUUUUGGGGAAGAGAGGAGGCUGAAGGAGAUAAUGACAUUCACCAGCUUGUGUUAUGGUGAUAUUUGUAAGUUCUUUCAUGCAGAAGUACUAUUUUUGUGCUUGAAAAUCUGCAUGAAUAUUCUCCGGUAGACUGUGCUUUCUGUUUCUUGCAAAUGCCGUGCGAGGUAUGUCCCUGAAAAUAAAAAUCUGCUAUCUUCCUAUAGGAACUACGGAAACUGAAGUUGGCACCUCAUCAACUAUUAUGUUCUCAUGUGCAUGAUGAUCCACUACUCUUUAGCCUUCAGAAUAUGUUACCAUGGGACUGAGAUCCUACAUUGUUGAUUGCAGGAUUUGUUACACAUCUUUGGAAAACCAGUGCAUAAUGUGUCAAAUAAAGGAGAUGAUGUACCACUAAAAA